AUGGCUGAGGAGGUUUUGCUUCCAUCGACGGGGAAAGCCACUUCGCACCUGACCGGCUCUCUGUUGGCGGUGGCGUUCCUCACCUCCUUCGGGAGCUCCAUGCUUUAUGGCUACAAUCUGGCUGUGGUCAACUCCCCUGCUGUGUACAUAAAGGACUUUUACAACAAGACGGUGCUGAGUCGCAAUGGAACAGGACUCAGUGGGGAGACCCUGACCCUCAUGUACUCUCUCACUGUGUCCGUCUUCGCCAUUGGAGGUCUGCUGGGCUCCCUCAUCGUGGGCAUGCUGGUCACUCGCUUUGGCAGGAAAGGCACAGUGGUAAACACAACAGUGUUAGUGUUUAUCGCCGGCUCACUCAUGGGCUUCAGCAGGAUUUGUGGUUCACCUGAGAUGGUCAUCUUUGGCCGCUUCAUCACAGGAAUUCAUUCAGGCAUCUCUCUAAGUGUCGUACCCAUGUACCUGGGUGAGAUAGCACCUAAGAAUCUGCGAGGCUUCCUGGGUCUCGUGCCAAGUAUCUUCAUCGGCACCGGAGUCUUUGCCGCCCAAAUCCUCGGCCUGCAUGAGCUUCUGGGAAAAGAGGAGCACUGGCCCCUCUUUCUGUCAGUGGUGGUGGUACCCACCUUCAUCCAGCUGAUGCUGUUGCCAUGGUUCCCAGAGAGCCCCAGAUACCUGCUGAUUGAGAAACACAACGUCCACGCCACCAUCACAGCUCUGAAGUGGUACAGAGCCAAGUGUAACAUCCAGGCGGAGAUAGAAGAGAUGCAGGAGGAGCAGCGCUCCCUGUCGUCAAUGGAGACACUGUCAGUAUGGAAACUGUUGUUGGAUGACUCGGUCCGCUGGCAGGUGCUGAGUGUGGUGGUCAUCAACAUCGGCAUGCAGCUGUCUGGCAUUGAUGCUAUCUGGUUCUAUACCAACGAUAUUUUUAAAAAUGCGGGUAUCCCAGCUCCAGAGAUACAGUACACCACAGCAGGAACAGGAGUUAUAGAGAUCAUCGCUGGACUCAUUGGGUGUUUCACCAUAGAGAAGCUGGGCAGGAGGCCCCUCAUGAUCGGAGGGUUUGCCAUGAUGGGCAUCUGCAGUGCUGGAAUCACAUUGGCACUCAUUUUACAGGUUCACUUAUCAUUCAUGCGCUACGUCAGUGUCUGCUGUGUGGUCGGCAUCAUCGCUGGCUUCUGUAUCGGUCCAGCGGGCGUUCCCUUCCUGAUCACAGCAGAGCUGUUUAAACAGUCCCACCGCCCGGCGGCCUACAUCGUAGGAGGAUCACUCAACUGGCUGUCCAACUUUACUGUGGGCUUCGUCUUCCCCUUCUUACAGAUGUCGGCGGGGUCUUACUGCUACUUGGUGUUUGCCAUCAUUUGUCUGACGGUGGCCGUCUACGUCUACAUCGUGAUCCCAGAGACCAGAAACAAAACCUUCAUGGAGAUCAGCCGAAUGUUCUCUAAGAAGGAGGCGGUCUUAGAGACCCAGGGCCUGAUCCACGUGGACCAGCUGAAGCUGAAGAAGAUGAACGGUUACGGCGGAAUUGAAAACGCAUCGCUGGAGUUCGACAGCUCUUCUUCUGUACCUUAACAGAGCCUCAGGUUCUCACUGGGACUGCGAAACCACUCAUCACUUCCUCUUCUCCAUUCUUGUAUUGUGAUAUGUACAUGUUCACCCAUCACCACCUCGCAUGGACUCUGUGGGCUCUUGAUGGGGGAAGCUGGACUUGGAUCACACUCAGGUAACACACACAACACUGCUGAAGAUACACUUCAGUCCUUGUACUUGUACUUCUUAUCAAUGUAAUGUUUCAGUCUGUUUGAGCCAUUAAAGGAAAAUUCAUGUUAAUUAUAUCUUGGCAAAUAUCUGAGAUCUGGGACAUUACAAGAAACAGGAGGGAUCAGAGCAUCAGGCAGGUUAGAAACCAACAUAGCAACCUUUACAAACCUAACUCUAACCUCCAAACAAAGAGGUUCAGAUCAUCUGCAGAAACUGUUGGUUUGUAUGUUUGUGCAACUGCAUUGUAUCAAUGUCACCAUGUUACCUGCUCUCUGCUGUUACAAUGUUAUUAUAGUUGUUAUGAACAACAACCAAAGUUUUUAUAAAUUUGCACUAUGCCUUAAUAAACUAUUGAAACGAGGUAUCCAUGCAAAGAAAACUAUGCUCUCUUACAACUUUUGUUUUUGCUGUUCAGUUUAAUCAUUAAUGAUAAGAUUUCAUUCACAAACACGUGGACAACGAAUCAGUCUAAAGAAUCAACACUUUUCUUCUUUAGUAACUGCUUCCAUCAGUAAACUGUGAAGCAGUCAGAGCCACAGAAACAAAAUCCACUUUAUAAUAAACUGCACUUUUCCUUUAACGACACUUUGACUUUGAGGGUUUUAAACUGCAGCUUUUCAUCAACAGACAUUUACA